AUGUCGAUUGGUAUCUUCUUCAACUGCACCAAAUUUUGGUCAGAAGAGUUUUGGCUGCCACCCAAAGAAAGCUGGGCAAAUGUCAGCGGCCCUCAAACCAGUGAUUUUACAUAUGGCAUUUUUGCAGCUAUCAUACUGUGUUUCAUGCGGUCUAGUUACGUAUUUACGCCAAUCGGUUUGCGGAAUGGAUUAAGGUCAACAAAGAAUCAUAAAGUGCCCAAUAUUCCGCUUCUUGAAGAGUAUUAUCACCUUAACAAACGGCCGCCUUUCAAUGACAUACGCGUAAACUUUCGAUUUUCGCUCACUUUAAGGUUUAAGGCGUUGUCGAAAAAACUUGAUGUUAGUGAUGCCAAAGUUUCCUAUUGGUUUCGAGCAAAACGCAAUUCCGUGAAAUUUCCUGAACCAUUUUUAUACGAUACCUCUGAAUUCUUUCGUGCCUAUCCUCACCAUAAAAUGAGUCGCUGUAUAUUUUGGUAUUACAUGGUCGAAUUAGCAUAUUAUGUCUCUGGGCUCAUUUGGGUCUUCCUGGAGGUUAAACGAAAGGAUUUCAUUGUAAUGCUGACGCAUCAUGUCGUCACUGUCGCAUUGAUCGCGUUCUCCUAUCUAACAAAUUACUUCCGUAUCGGAUCGGUUAUCAUGCUUCUACAUGACUCUGCCGAUUUUUGGCUUGAGGUAGGUCUUCACUCUUGUAAGCACCAAAAUUUAUGUCUGCAUGUAAUGUGUUUGCAUGUACUGGCAUUCCACUUUUUGCAUGGAAUUCUAUUUGUUCAAUCAAUUGCUGUGCAGCUGUGCCAAGAAUGGUCAAUUUUAUGUCAUUGUUAUUUUCCCCUUUCCUUCACAUUUCAUAGGCUGCAAAGAUGUUUAAAUAUAUUGGAAAAUUUUGGUCUUGUAUGGCGUGCUUCACAACAUUCAUAUGUGUCUGGAUUGCGACACGUCUGUACUACUACCCAUUUCGGUGAGUUUUGCGCUUAA